AGACCAAGAAGACGGAUCAUAGUUAGUUAGAAUUAUUUCAAAGCAACAACACUGACACAAAAUCAUGAUGAAGAAGACAAAAUUAGAUUUUGGUGAGGCCCGGGAGGAUCGUUUCAUGCUUCCAGGAAUAGAUUUCAAAUCUAAGAUGAUAGGAAUAGAACCUGUAGGAGAGGCUAGGGGUGAUAAGAUGUGUAUGGAUGCUAUGAUAAAAUUAAAGUACUUAGUGAAAACAUCAGGAGAACAUAAAGCAAGAAUUAUAAUCAAUGUUUCUAUUGAAGGUAUUAGAAUUCUGGAUGAGAAAACAAGGGAAGUACUACACCAACAUGAAGUCCAUAGAAUAUCCUUCAUAUCAAGAGAUCCAACAGAUCCCAGAGCAUUUGGUUAUGUCUAUGGAGAGCAAGGAAAUCACAAAUUCUAUGGAAUCAAAACAGAAAAACAGGCUGAUGCUCUUGUACUGACUCUCAAAGACCUCUUUGAAGUGGUCCUGGAUCUGAAGAAACAACAGAUUGCACAACAAAAAAAAGCAGAACAACUCACAUCAUCAUCACCACCUACAGAAGAUAAUAAUUCUGAGCCUAAGCAGGUCGUCUCAUUCAAGGUUUGAAUUCAUCUUUAAAAUAUCGUUCAGUUGACCCCCUCUUCCCUGAGUGACAAAAGUUGAUUAUCCCUGAAUUAAAAAGUCAAAAGAAUAUGGAAUCAGAAGUUUUAUGUAUUGGUGUUUUUGUUUUGUUUUACGUUUCUUUUUUAUUUUCAUUUUCCAUUUAUAAUUCUGAGAAAUAAUGAAAUAAUAUACAACAUUCUGCUAUGAGUGUAUUGGGUCUGAUUAACGCAUGCGAUGCGCAGUGAAGUGGCUUCAGACAAUUCUGAAGUUAUCAAGAGUUGAUUUGAAGUGAUGCGAACGAGAACCUCACGUUUUAAAUGAAUAGAUGGUGAUUUCUAGGUGUUUACAUGAUCACAAUCAGUACUCAGUUGUAGGUAAUCAUGGACAUUGAUACUAUCACCCUGUUCAGACCCGGGACAUCCCCCGGAAAAUCGACAGUCUGGACGGUCUGGAGGAUCGUCUCCCGGUUCUAUCCCCCGGGUUUUUCGAAGGAAGAGCGACCUUGGCUCGUAAUCCGAGAUCGCGCACCUGUUUUAAUCAUAAGUGCGCAUGCGCGAAAUGUGGUGUCAACAGAACUGCUUCCGCUCAGGUCGAUCAUGAUUGACUGUAAUUGCAUUUCCCGUGUUAUCAUGUGCGGGCGCGCCUUACGUAACCAUGCCGAUGACCUAGCCCACUCAUCCCCCGGUGCCAAUUACAUGUGACCUAUUGCACUCAAGUGAUAACAUUUUGCCACAAAUAGUGGGAUUGCUUUAAUAGAUUGUUCAAUAUCCAUGCUGAAAGCAAAUAUCAAUAGAUGAUGUUUUCUUAUACGGUGGCAUCUUACAAUGUAUAUUGCAUCAAUAAUUUUAGGCUAAAUGUAGCAUCAGAUACAUGUAUGUCAAUUGUAUAUUAGCAACAUUAAUUUGCAAUUGAUUGCAAAUAUUUUCUUGUAACACCCUUUUCAUGAUACAUAAUCACUCCACAUUUUGCAUGGUUUUGCUAAGAGCUGAUGCAUGGAUAGAAGUAGGAAGAAUUUCUUGGCAAACUUUGCUUUUAGUUAUGUUAAUGCCAGGGUUAUCAGAACAGUAAAGCUUUUAUCAUCAUAAGUCAAGGCUUAGAAAGAUCUAAAUAGUUUUAAACUUUCUGUGCAUUUUAAACUUUCUUUAUGCAUUUACUAGAAAAAAGGUCAUUCCUGCAUCUACAUGUAAAUACUAACCACUUCAUAUCAUCUUUUAUUUUUUACCAUUAAAUACAUACAUCCCUUUGAUAUCACUUUACACUGAAGUGUUUGGACUUAAGAUUCUAUUUAUGCAAAGCGCUAUGGGAAUUGAAACAAGUCAUGCCCUAAAAUCCCAAUUUCAUAACAACAUGCGUUCAGUACAGGUUUAUUCACAUAGGGGUAACAGAGCUCCUGCUUAUAGAUUAGAUAACAUGUGUAUUUGUAAAAAUCUGAGGAGUCUUAAGUCAAUAGAAAGAUUGUAAACAAUCCUUGUAGAUGGUUGUGAUUAAGAAUGCUAAUCUUUGGACUUUGACUUUGGUUUUGAAAAGCUUGCUGAUUUUUAGAGAUUAAUAUCAAGUUGUUGUGAGUGAUAUCAAGCAUUCCUAGUGGAUUUAUGAACUACAUGUACAGUCUUAAAAUGUGCAAACUUCUAAUGUAUUGUGUAGUUAUGAAACAGGAUAACAGGCUGAAGUGUACAAGGAUUAGAUUCGCACAUUUUGUUAUUUUUAAUGAGAAUAAAUAGGUUGGUACUGCAUCGGUUGCAGUUGCAAUAAUGAAAAGACAAAGUAAUUAAAGAGAAAUUCCAGUAGUUGCAUAAACACUGAUUUCAUGAGAAAGUCUGUAAAACCAGGCUUAAUUUUCAGUAUAUCAUCGAGGAUCUAGAUCUGGUACAGUUACAUAAACUGAACUUUGUGAAAUCUUGAAAUCUACGCUGAAAAUGUUCAGACUGAACUUCCCCAACACAGAUAAGCGCACGUGGGACAGUGUAUAAUUAUUGCUUUGAGCGUCGGCCCGACGCUCUACCCGAAUCCUGUGCUUAUUUGCUGAUUUCUCAGCAAUUACACAAUUUCUUCCAGAAUCCUUUGGCACACGCGUUUUAUUUAUACAAACAGACACUUUGGUGGUCAUUUCAUUGGAUUCUGUACGAACUCAUUUUGAUAUCAUUACCAAAACUAGCAUUUACCUUUAAGACAACCAUGUGUGAAACAAAAUAAAUAAAUUUUUCACCAAUAGAACUUCAUCAGGAAGUGAUGAAUUCUAUGAAAUCAUAAUAGUAAGGCAGUGCACAAUGCGUGGCAAUUAAAGAUUUAGACAUUAAAAGUAAAGUGUGAAGCACAGUGGGGGCAUCGUCGUGUAGUGGUUAUGACUCUCGUCUUUCAAUCUGAGGGACGUGGGUUCGAUCCCAGUCAAGAAUUUUACCCAAUUGUGCUGCACUCAACCCAGGUGAGGUGAAUUGGUACCCGGUAGAAGAAAUUCUUUUAAUGCUUGAGCGUCUAUAUGGGGAGCACAGCUAAAGCCAGAGGUGAUAUGAUAAUAAUAGUGCUACUAUUAAUAAUAGCAGCGCUUUGUAUCCUCAGGUAAAAAGUGCUUUAUGAAACCAGCUAUUAUUAUUAUUAAAGGAGAAUGAAACUCUUGGAGCAAGUUAGCUUUUGUGAAAGC